AUGAGCGGGGGCAGGGGUAGUAAUGGUAAUAGCAACAUGUAUAACGGUAAUAGUAAUAGUAAUAGUAAUAGCAACGACGGAAGCGACGAACGAUUGCUUUUUUUGAGAAGUGUGGGUGAACGCAACGAGAUUGGUUUUCCCUCCAGGUUUAAGUCGGCCCAUUAUAAGAAGCCAAGUAGAAGACAUAAAUCGGCCAGGCAGUUGAUUUCGGACGAGAACAAGCGGCUCAAUGGGUUAUUGACCAAGGCCAACAAAGCAGCAGAGGGGUCCACGACUGUCAAGCGACUCGUGCCCAAAGCGACGUAUUUCAGCGUGGAGGCGCCACCUUCUAUCAGGCCUGCCAAAAAAUACUGCGACGUGACCGGGCUGAAGGGUCUGUAUAAGUCCCCCACGAACAACAUUAGGUACUACAACGCGGAGAUCUACCAGUUGAUCGUGAAACCGAUGGCUCCCGGCGUGGAUCAGGAGUACUUGAAGUUGAGAGGUGCGAACUUUGUUUUAAAAUAG